CCUGCCCUGCCUGCGGCCUGCUGGAGGGAGAGGCCUUUCCCGCGCCCUGGCUCCGCGCUGGGCCGGCCCGGGGCGGGCCGUCAGCAGGGGCCUAGCGGGCCUGGGCGGGCCUCGGAGGACUGCUGCUCCGGGCUCUCGUUCUGGCGUUAAUUAAUUUUUCCGCUCUCAAAAUAUCGUUUGGGGGGAAUUUUUUUUUUUUUUUUUUGGUGAAAGUUUGCCGGUGUGGAUCUCUGACGGGCCGUGCCCGCCCUGGAGGCGGCUCCUGCCAGCUCGGGCCUCUGGCGAGUCCAUCCCUGUGUGGCAGAGCCGGGAUUAAGCUGAUAGCUGCUUAGAUGUGUACCCAAUCUCCUGGGAAAUGUUGAAGGGCAAACCUGAAGAAGUCGAGAUGAAAUACCUCUGCUUUUGCCCAGGCAGAGGGGAAUGGGAAGCAGUAUGUGUGCAGGACUUACCACCACUAGGAUGUUAUUGGAAAAACAGAGCAAACAGAAGCGGGUGGUGUUUAAUAACUUUCCUAGAGGUGGCAGUGCGUGAAUAGAAGCCAGGACUCCAGUUCCCCAUGCGUCUUAAUGUCUCCCGAUAAUUAAAAGGUGUCAUCUCAGUCCAGCUCUGGGGGCUAGAGUUACAGAAAGACCAGGAUAAUGAUGAAGUGUUGCAAAAAUCCAGAGCACUGUUAUACAGAUAUGAAGAUCCAGGACAGCUGCUUCUUUUACUUCUGUGUCUUCAGCAGCCAGCGUUCCCUGCGCUGCCGCCGUUGAGAAGCCUGGCCGUCCCCGGCAGCCCCAUGUGCGGCGCACCUCUUCGCUAGAUACCAUCGUGGGCUCCUACCUGUUGGGACAGUGGCCACGGGACACUGAAGGAGCUCCUGCUUCGUGCAUGAAUGACAAAGCUACCCAGCCGUGUUUCUCAUCACUUCAGACUCCAGUGUCCUGGCAUGACGCAGAAGUGGGGAAAGCCAGCUCCAGUGUUCACAAGCGUUCUGCUUCUUGGGGUAGCACAGAUCACCGCAGAGAGAUUGCCAAACUGAAGCAACAGCUCCAGCGAACAAAGCUAAAUGGCAGAAGUGGCAAAGAAAAGGAGAAGAGCUCCCCGCUCCAGGGGGACCACGCUGUCCUUGGAUCGCUCAGGGACUCUCCCUCAGGCUUCCUUUCUCCAUGUCCCAUUUUGAGGCUCAGCCCCUGCUUGCACAGGAGCCUGGAAGGGCUGAACCAGGAACUGGAGGAGGUGUUUGUGAAGGGGCAGGGAGAUGAAGAGCUUUUGCGGAUUUUGGAUGUCCCAGAUGGCCACAGAGCACCAGCACCUGCCCAGAGAGGCUCCGGAGAUGCGUCCCUGACUCUGGAGCCCAGCAGCAGCAGCUGUAGCAGCCUCUCUCUUUCUCCUUCCCCUUCCAUGCCUCUCCGCCUUUCUCCGCACACCCCGGUGAGACUGGCAGCGGAAGAGCCGUCCUCUGUGGCGGACGAGGUGCAGCCGGAUCCAAAGGAGAAAGAAGAGGGCAGCCCUUCACCCGUCCUGGCCUUCGCUUCUUCUCCUCGACCCAACCACAGUUACAUGUUUAAACGGGAACCUCCUGAGGGAUGCGAGAAGGUCCGGGCCUUUGAAGAAGCUUCCUCCCCCGGCCCCGAUCAGACUUUUCAGCCUUCCUGCCCGGAUAAGAACAAAGUGCACUUCAACCCCACCGGUUCUGCCUUCUGCCCCGUCAGCCUGGUGAAGCCUCUUUUCCCAAACGUGGGUUUCCUCUUCAGGGGCUUUCCAGCUUCUCCCAGCCCUGGCACGGGCACGUUUAUAUCCUGCCAGCCCCUGGCACCCACCCCGUUCCUUGGGGUGCGGAAGGACGCUGCCGUAGACGGCUUUGGCGAGGUGUCCAAGUCUCCUUCACUGAAUUAUGAACACUGGAAGCAUGGCCAGCCAGAGGAGAGCGUCGUCUUCCACAGCUCCCUCAUGGUGUGAAGCCUUUGGGAAAGCUAGCCAGCAACAGCAGCGCUGGCUCCUCGGUGUGUCUCCGCUAGCCUGUGGAGAGUCGUGCCUUGAAGGUGGGAUGUGACAGCCAAGAGGCAGCCCUGGGAGCGAGAACCGCAGCAGGCUUCCUCCGAGGACGAUAGAAACCGUGCAGUGCAGUGUGCCACGGGACUUCUUGCCGCCGGAGAGGCUCGUUUCGCUGGGCCUCCCCUGUUGAAAGCACUUUCCUGUGUUGAAUCGUCUUUGUUUCCUGUGUGAUUGUUUUGCUGGUGAAGAGCAGCCGGGCACCGCUGCGGGAAGCAGAGGGAACCUUGUGCUCCGUGGCUCCAUGAACGAGGUUGAGCGGGGAGCGUUCAGGUGGGGUUUCGUAGCACCCCUCACCCCUGCAGCUGUCUGGGACUGCUGAACCCUGGGGAGGGGGGAGGAGGGGCCUGUAGGACGCUGCCCUUGGCUGUAUCGGUGCAGAAGACAUCGUGGAUCUGCACAGCUAGCACAGAGGGGGCUGGAGAGCGGUGGAUCCCUGCCCAUGCCUCCCCUGGACGCCUUUACCCCUGGAAACAAGCCUGGAGCUUUAAGAAGGCCGUGCUAAACGGUGACUGAUAAAUGCAGGCUUCCGCAGCCCUGCGCCCUGGGAAUCUGCGUGAGCAAGGGCGAAGGACCUGAGCUGCUGCCUGGUUUCCCUGCCUGUGAGCAAAUCUCUUCCCCGGUGCCCCGGCCGUGCUGCGGGAAGAGGGGAUGGGGUGAGAACUGGCCGGGUGCAGGUUCCCUGCUCCGGGGGGUCGUUGCUGCUGCUGCGGAAAAACUUUGUGCUGCUUCCCAGCCCUGAGCCUGGGGAGGGAUAACACGGGAAGGUUGAUUGUAAAGCCUCUUGACAACAAAAGUAUUUGAUUUUGGGUUGUGUUGCAAAGGCUGAGGGUUGUAUUGAAGAAGCCUAUUUUCUUGUAUCUGAUGUAGAAACUAGUUUCUUCCAAAGACACUAUUUUUGCAGCUGUUUGAAGUUUGUAUUUUAUGUAUGUAUUGCAAAGCUUAAAGGAGGAACGUUAGCUUUGGAGUUCGUGUCUUGUGUUUAGAGGGGGUUUUGCAGAUACGUUGCCAGUGAAAAGGAAACAAAAUAAAUAUUUCAGGCAUCCAAA